AUGCCAUCCCGGUUCUCCAAGACUCGCAAGCACCGCGGCCACGUAUCGGCCGGUCACGGACGUGUAGGAAAGCACCGUAAACAUCCAGGUGGUCGUGGUCUUGCUGGUGGUCAGCACCACCACCGAACCAACUUCGAUAAGUACCAUCCUGGUUACUUUGGAAAGGUCGGUAUGCGCCAUUUCCAUCUCACGCGCAAUCAAUAUUGGCGCCCGAUCAUCAACGUCGACAAGCUCUGGAGUCUUGUACCUGAAGAGGAGAAGAAGGGCUUGACUGAGGAUUCUGAAGUCGUGCCAGUUAUUGACACCCUGAGAUUUGGGUAUGGAAAGGUGUUGGGCAAUGGACAGCUACCACAACGUCCUUUCAUCGUAAAAGCGCGUUUCGUUUCAGCAAAAGCAGAGGCCAAAAUCAAGGAGGCUGGCGGUGUUGUAUCAUUGAUUGCAUGAACUUGUCUGCAGCACUAUUCCAUUACUUUUUUUCCAUCUAUGAACGUAUGC